AUGACGGCGAUGCUGCCCAGCCUGGCGCUGGCCCUGCUCUGCCUGCUGCGGGCAGGGGCCGAGGUCCCCGUGCAGCUGGGCUUCAACGCUGACGAGUUUGCAGGGACGUGGCAUGUCGCAGCCGUCGUUUCCAACUGCUCCAUGUUCCUGAAGAUGAAGGAUGGGAUGAAGUCAUCCAUCACCGCCAUCAGCUUCACACCAGAGGGGGACCUGGCUAUGAAGCUUGUCUGGCCCCUGCUGGACAGAUGUCAAAAGUUUGAGCUGGUCUUCCAACGAAGGGGGCAGGCAGGGCACUACAUGGCAGCACAAGAGAAGAGGGAUCUGUGUGUGAUGGAGACGGACUGCAGCCACCAUGCCAUCGUGCACGAGUUCCAGCAGAACGGGCAGGAGGCCAGCGCCGUGCUGCAGCUCCUCACGAGGGAGCAGGAUGUGAGCCCGCAGCUCCUGCAGAAGUUCAAAGAGCUCAUCCCCACCCUGGGCCUGACCAAGGACAUGCUGGCCAUCCUGCCCAAGUCGGGUGAGUGCCAGGAGGAUCAGUGCACCAAGGCCAUCAGGUGA